UAUGUAGCUUAAAGAAAACAAAUGCGCACCCACUCAGGUGAACAACAAUCAUUUGUGAAUUGUGAUUUGCCUAGGGUUUAACUCAGGUUUUAGCCCAAAAACCUCACAAUUUUUCCUACUGUAAUUCAUCCAUCAAUGGCGUCCUCAAACUCAUUGGCAGCAAUUUCAAGAAGACUUUAUCGAAAUCUCCUCUCAAAUUCAAAAAACCCUUACUUUCAUCAACAAUCAUCCAAAUCCUUCUUCUCCACUGAACCUUUAACUCCCGACUCCGAUACACUGCUCGACGAGUUACCCACUCUCAACUCGGAAUCCGAAACGAACGAGUCAACUCAUGAUAACUCGGCUGCUUCCUCCUCCGACUCAUUCUCAACUCCUCCCGAAUCGCCUGUGCGCCGCGCCGCUUCCGAGUUCAGCCUUGAAGGUGGCUUAGACAUCGGCAUUUACAAGGCUAUAUUGGUGGGACAAGUAGGGCAGAUUCCUGUACAGAAGAGACUGAAGAAUGGGAUGGUGGUGACACUUACUACUCUGGGAACGGGCGGGAUAAAGAAUGAGCGGGUUCCUUUUCCGAAUGAGGAGCCGAGGGAGUAUGCUGAUCGCUGUAAUGUGCAAUGGCACCGGGUUGCGAUUUAUCCUGAGAAAUUGGGUGAGAUUGUGAUGAAGCAUGCUCAACCUGGUUCAUUACUCUAUUUGGAGGGAAAUCUGGAGAGGAAGAUCUUUACUGAGCCUCUUACCGGUCUUCUUAAACGUGUGAGGGAAAUUGCAGUUCGGCGUGAUGGUCGUGUUGUGUUUCUGGGAAACAGUAGCGAUUUCAAUCAGCCAUCUAGAGAUGAGCUGAAAGGUGUUGGGUAUUUCUGAGUCCUGAGGACAUUAGUGAUCAUUUCUCUUGGAUGGUUUGCAAGUUGAGCUGGAAGGAGUAGUGCUCAUAUAUUUCGAGUAUGAAAUGCCAUCUACAAGAUUCUGACAGAGGCUGAGAUCAGUGCCUUGUUUAGUUAACUAAAUAAUUGUCCAAUCUGCAAUCGCCAACUCACUCAACUGUCAGAUUUAUUGUAAUUUAUGUAAUUCCCUGGCAGCUUGAUUGCUAUUAGAAGUAAUUUCACGAUUGAAAGUUUUGCUUGUCUACUUUCUUUGGAUUAAGGGGGAACAACAUAACUAAACACUAGUCGAGCUCAAAGUUACGUUUGAGGUUCAUUCUUAUAAUAGAAUUGAAAAUUAUUAAGGAGCAUGGAGUGAUUGCCAAAAGUUUAGAAUUGGCAAAUAUGUCUGAUCCGGUUUGGUUCGGGUCAGUAUUAAUCCGACUUUUCUCCUCAUGUUCAGAGUGUUUUACAUGAUUUGAUUCUCAAAGAUUUCAGGAUAUGUUUUGACCUAUCUUUGAUUAUAUAUCGACAGGAAUUAUUUGAAGUUGAGAUCUUAGGGAGAAAAUUGUGUAAAUUAGCAUGGGAGUGGGAUAUAAAAUAUAUUUUAUUGAA